UAUGUGAUUAUUGCUUUGCCGCGUCGGACAUACAUUUGGUUUUGUUUAUAUGUAUAUAAAUAUGUUAGUGCCGUAUUAAGCUGUUUAUCGCCUGCCUGGCAUUGUGCUGCUGGAUCGCACUAAGCAGUGCUUCAAUUGAUCUGCCCAUAGCAGACAGUAAAAUAUUAUGCUGGCUUCGGUUAUCAGUUGUGUGUGUUGUUGUUGUUGUCGCUGUUGUUGUUGCUGUUAUGGCAGUAGGACAGCUGCUGCUGCAGAAAAGAAAACAAAAGUGCAUUGUCGAACAAUAAGCAAUCAGUAAAAUAUUUAGAAGUUUAAAGUCGGCCCUCCAAUCUCAAUCACUUAUUGACUGUGUGUGCAAUGGACUGCGUUUAACAGAGCAGCACGCAAACAAUAGAAGUGAUUUAUUUAUAUAUUAAAGAAGAAUAAAAGCAACAGGUGUCGAAGUAUCAAAACAAUGGAGACACAACAGCAACCAGAGCAAUUACAACAACUGAUUGACCUACUGCCCCCCGAAGAAGAGCAAAUUGUCAAACUCUUCGUCAAAUUCCUCAAUGCUAAUGGUGGACUGUCACAUAAUGAACGUUUGAAGGCUCUACUCAUUGCCUUGCCCUAUCCAACGCUGCAAAUACUCCAAGUGCUGCAUGCGCAGUCUAAAUUCCAGAUUGGUCGUAUAAUUAGCGCUGCCCUUAGGCAAUUGCUUGAUGAUGACGCAUCUGCUGUUGACUCUCCAGCAGCAUCAACACGCUCACUCAGCGUACUGGCGAAUUUCCCUCAACAGAUCCUAGAGGCAGCGUCAAUGCAGCAGAAGCUCAAGAACCGCCUAGUUGCUGUGCCAUGGGGCAAGAAUGAUAACCUAAUGUUGGCGCUAUUGGCACGCCAGGACUCUCAUAUGAUAAACACUGUGUUCCAAGCACAAAAACAGCAGCAGGAAGAGCAGAUCCUAUGGAGCAAUGCACCGAAUGCUAGACAACUAGUGUUACACCUGGCAUUGCAGCAACGAGAACACUUUGUGCCACGCCUGUGCCAACUGCUCAAGAAUUUUGAAUGUAUCAACGAUCACACGCUGCGCAAUAAUUUACUUAUUUUGCGACUUGCCAAUGAAUUUGCUCUGAGCACGCAGCCUCUUGAUGAGCUGGCGGCGUUGAACCAGGUGCUGGACGCCUUCAAUGUGGCCGCAGUGCCCGUCGAUCUGCAGCCGGUGCAUCAGUUCUUCUACGCGGACUUUCAACGUCUGAGCGCUCUUCUCAAGUUUCUCCAGAACCAACAGGAUGGUAACGCCUGCAAAACCAUCAAAGUGGAGGCUUUGCUGCGUGCUCCUGGCGUUCUGCCGCUGAUCUAUGAGUAUGGAAUUCAGUCUAAAAGCGACCAGAUUGUCCAGCUUAUCGAAGACACCUUCAAGUGGCAACAACAGACGCCAUCUCUUAAGUGUUUGCGGGCCGAGGAAAUGGAAACAUUGAUUUACUUCCAAGCGCUUUGUCAUGUGCACAAUGUGAUAUUGGAGCAGCAUGAUGCCACGACCAGGGAACAGCUGUUAUUGCUCUCGACCCAGCUGCGUCAGCUACGCGGCAUCAACACUCUGUGCUCGGUCUUAAUGGAUAUCUUCCAAUUGGUAUUUCUGCGCUGGGAACAGUUGCAAAAGCCGAAUCAACGCGAUAGCGACAACGAUGCUGAUGGCGACAACGACGGGGACGAUGAUGACGAGCAGUAUGUGGACGAUGAGGCGACUCCACCACGCACUCUCAAUGUGCCCAACGCUAAACAGCGACGAUAUGGCUUCAUUUGUCGGGCUUCCGUUUUGUAUGCUCUGUUCACGUUUCUCAAGAGUUUCGUCACCAAGAAGCUGCACACACAGGACUUUAAAUGCGCUACGGAGGAGGAGCAACGUUGCUUCCAGCGUCUGGUGGAUGCGAUCAGUGAGGCACUGUGGAAAUUUAGCAUAUUGCAGAAAAUUGAGCAAUCGCUGACGAAAGCAACACCGAGGCGAGGAUGUCAGCUGGAGCCGGAACAGCUGCUGCAACUGAUUCAACAGCACAACCACACAAAAGAGAAAGCUUCCAGCGAUGAUGAGAGUCGAGAGCGGUGCUAUCAUGCCUCCAGCCUCACGCGACGCAAAUCUCGCCGCCAACGACGCGCUGCCAGCUUCAGUGGACAUGCUGCAAGCAGAGCUGUUGAUGGUCCCACACUGGAGGAAUGUCGUGCACGUGCUCAUCAGCUAAAACAUUGUGGAAGUGUCAUGGAAAGGCGGCAUAUUGAACCACAGAUGGCUGUGGCAAUUAUGUUGCCUCCAGAGCGUUCAAUUAUACCUAAAAUGCUGAGCACGCCUGAGCAAUUGGCCAUUAUGGCAUUGGCGUUGAAGAACUUCAACGACGUCAAAUACAUAAUAGAGACCUUCCACUUGGAGGACAGCCAGCUGAAUCGGGAGCUGCAGUUCAUGGAGCAUCAGCAGCUAAUCAAGCAGAAAUUGUCUGGCAUAUAUGCCAACUAUGAGGCAUUUGAUGGCGAUGGCAAUGUCGCGUCCGAUGACACCACAACUACUGUGGAGAAGAUCAAAAGCGUCGCUGCCAAAGGCUUUGAACUAUCCAAGAUCAUCAGCGUCGUGGAUAACUUUGCGCAGGCGCAGAAGCUGCAACACAGCGCCGAGUUGCGAAGUCUUUUACAGCGGCACAGUGCGAAUGUUCAGUAUGCAUUCCUGCAGCAGUUUCAGGAACGUAAUCUCAAUGCUCUGAUCAUAUGUGAUUUAAUUAUGAAUCUACGCUUCAAUCGAGAAAUCACUUGCAAUCUCUUGCUGGUAAUUAGACGCCAGCAACAACAACAACAAGAGCAGCAGCAGCAACUCUCAGGCGAUGGAUCAAGUGAUGUUAAUCCACGUGAGAUUGGCGCCAUGUACCUCAUACAAAAUCUCUGCGAAUGCAUGCGUCUUCUUGAGGGCGCUGGCCGCAAGCCGGCACUAAACGAGCUGCUCUAUCGCCAUAUCUAUGCGCUGAAACCAGCUUCACUCGCCUUGCAGCUGCAGCGCGAAGUUGCCUUCACAACGCUAUACAAAAAGACAUCCCAGGAUUACUCACAUUCCAGGGACUUGCGAGCUCACGCAUCACUCUUUCAGCAACUUAAAUCGCGACACAAUUACUACGCCCGCUUUUGUGGUUACGCUCAACAGCUAGCACGUUUGCUUCAGCUGCGGGAUCCAAAUUUGGAGUAUCAUAACACGCAAUUGUUGCGUCACGACCCCUACCAGGUUAUUGGCGAACUAAUUUACGAGUGCGACAUCACGCCACUGGAGAUUGAGAGCAAUGUGAAUGCUCUGCAUUUGAAUUUGGUACACGUUAUUGCGCUCAACAUUUGCCCACAACUCAUAGAGGCGGGAAGCAGACAACCGCAACGUUCUGUGCAGCCACAGAGACAGGAGUCCAUUCACAAUUAUAUAUUCCAGCACAAUCAACUUCUCGCUCAAUUGCUGCAAGCUAUCCAAGUGGGUGACCUCACGCCUAUCAAUGCCACAGAGACAUCCUUGAACUAUAGUUGCCUUCAGCAAUUGAUGCAGUUGCCCGAGAUGUCCACGCUGUCGCUGAUGUACGCCCGCAAUCCAGUGAUGGCGGCUCUACACACCUACAAGUUAGACAGUACAAUGCUGGAGCGCCUAGAUCUGAGCAAGGAGUUACAAUUGAAUAUUCUACUUCUUGGCAUUGGCGGGCAGACAGAACCUAUUCGACAAUUGAAGUCACGUAUGGAUCUCUUGAUCAGUCAGUUGAUAGAAAAGGAUCCACGGCAAAUUCAACUGGCAUUUCACAUGCACGCAUUGGGCACGCGAGCCAAACUGCUGCAGCAACACUUUACCAAGAUCUCAAGCAGUCAGUUGGCCAAGGAGCUCAUUGAGCGCACACUCCAGCAUCGAGCGGCGACUAGGGACAUUCCCACUGCGCUGCGCAGUCAACUUGAGCAUACAUUAUCAGACAUUACGAUCUAUGCAAAAGUCUCCUCACUGUUGAUGUUUGAGAGUUGGCCACAAGCCUACGACUUUGGCCGGCAGACGCCGAAUGUGAUAUUCGAGCAGCUGUUACAGGGACGACAUUACGAAUUGUGCUACGAUUGGUGUCGCAUGGUGCAGCUAACGGAUGCAGCUGGUCAGCAGCGUGUCUGUCUGCUCACUCUGCUCGAUACGCUAUUAGAAUUAAACGAUGAUGAUGAGCUGGACGCAAAUUUGUUACGCAUUGCGGAACUAUUUCCCAUACCAGUUAUGGUCAACUUUCUGGACACGCACAAGGACAAGAUGCGUUCGCUGGCACUGUUGAAGUGGCUUAUUGAUUAUCUAGAGUGUCAUGCUCGGGAUCCUGGACCGUAUCGUAACUACCAGUUGUCCCUUGAGCUGAUGCGUCAAUUGCCAAUUGAGGAGCGUCAUAAUUUCUGGUCGUUGUUGCGUUAUCCGCUGCUCAUUGUGGAACAACUGGUAAUGAACACUCGCUUCGAGCUGCUGACCAAACUGCUGGAGCCGGUGCGUGCCAAGUUGCAGCAACGCAUGCCCAUGGGACCAUGUGUCUACUGCUUCGAUAAGCGUGGCCACGUCUACAAUGUCAGCAGCGGUCCCAGCAGCGGCAAGUUGCGCUUCCAAUUGGGUCACUCCAAUUCGGAGGCAUUUAUACUGCUCAACUUCAACGCGUAUCAACAGGAUCAUGUGAUUAGUAAUGAUUGCUUUGAUUUGCUACUCCGCAUCUACGCCAGCAAGGCGCUGGACUACAACAUAGCCAGUGUGCGACGCGAGGGCUCCGUUGAGCCGGGAUCUCUGGGCACAGAUGUGCAAAACUCGCUAGACUCGCUGUGCGGAACCUUUAAGAUGCCCAGCGAGGCGCCCACUCGUGAGCAAUGGACACCAGAUGAGGAGGCCAGCCACUGCAUGUGUUGCCGCCGGUCCGCCUUCACAAUGCUGAUGCGACGUCAUCAUUGCAGACGUUGUGGUCGUGUGGUGUGCUAUGCCUGUUCCACGCAGCGCAUGAUUAUUCCAGAGCUGUACGGUGAAGUAGAGGUGCGUGUCUGUAAUGAUUGCUAUACGCCAGUUGUGGCAGAGGAGCAGUUACACAUUAAUGAAACACCUGCCAUGCCGACACGUGGAUCGCCCACUCCUCCCUCGAGCUACAAGUGGCGACUCAGUGGCAUCAUUACGCACGACAAGCUACUGCGCGAGGAAUUCUGCUAUGAUCAUGCACCAAGCGUCGCCUUGAGUUUGUCUAUAUUGCGACAUCAUUUGGAUCAACGGCAGUGCGUGGACUUGCUGCUUUUCCACUGUCGCAAGCUGGAGAAGCUAAUUGUACCCAAUCCAGAGGUGGACUACGAACUGGUAGCCAAGAUGAUGAGUUGUCUUGCCUUAGCAGCUAAGGUGCGAGGAGCUCCUGGUGAAUUUGAGAGCAUUCGCGAGCACUCAGAGAUUAUUAUGGCUGUGGUUCAAGCAGGCUGUGAAUCCUUAAUUCCAGCUGGACCAUUAAACAAUCAUAGUGUGCGGCAAUUGGCGGAUGCGCUCGUCGAGGCAGAGAAUUGGAAGCUGGCCCUGGAGGUGCAUCUGAAGUGGGGCUUUGCCACUACGGGUGUUAUGGCAGCCCAUGGCAUGGCUUGUUUACGUGCAGGCUGCUACGAUGCAGCACGUGAGAAGUUCGCUCACUGCAUGAUCCGACUGUCCACAGAAGAACUCAAUAGCAGCAUAUACAAGGACAUCUUCGGCAAAGGCCCGCCCUCUACAGCUUCCACAAUGUUGAAGAAGCGGCCGCAACGUGGACCUGCCUUACUGCAAGAAAUACUACAGCUGAUUGCCACAAUGCCACGAUCCCAGCCACAGCCGGAGGCACUGCAACGUGCCUCGCUCAUACGCAACUCGAAUACCUCCUUGGCUUCGUUGUUCUCUCGACGUCGCGAGCCCUAUGUGGUGCAGACACCACUUCACGAACCAGCCAUUAACGUAAUGAAUGCACUGGCCAAACUCAAGCACAUUGCCAAGGGCCAGUACGGCGAAACUACUGUUACUGUCACUGUGGUCAGUCGACACUCUCGAGACUUUGAGGAAUCCAUGCACUAUGUGCUCACCUAUGGCAGCCACACAGACAUAAUUGCCUUUCUAAUGCAGCGCGAUGAGCUAAGCGCCGCUCUUCGAUAUUGGCUGCACCAGCAACUGGAGACUGAUGUCUUUAUACAGCACAUAUUCCUGAUCACGCUGGCUGCGGGUCGCUUGCCAACACUAAUUGAGGAGCUGCAGCAAUUAGAACCAGAUGCACACUUAAAUGCCUGGCGACUGACGUUGUUGCAAACCUGUCGCUACUUAGAGCAGCAUCAACAGCUCAACUCUUUGUACCAAUUGCAGAUUCUGCUGAAGGAUCCAGUGCGCGCAAGCAUGACUUGCGUUAAGUUUUACCCACUGCACUGUGACAACUUUCAGAAGUUGCAUGCCAAUGCCCAGCAGUUGACACUGGCACAUAUGCAUCUGCAGGGUGAGCUGGACGUGGCGCGCUGGGAGUAUUUGCAGAGAGAGCAGCAGUCAGACGGCGGUAGGCGUGUAAGCGUAGCGAGUAACAUGGCUGGCACUUGCAUAACCAUGCAGUUGGAUGCGCGUGCUCUUAAUGGUCACAUUAAUACAAUACGACGCCAAACAGAAGUUGCAAAGUUUCUGGCACAGUGUGAACGAGAACAGCCUGAAGUGAAUGGCUCGCUGUACACUUUGCAAAUACUCAAACAGAUUCGACUGGAGACGCCACGCGGCUUGUUACCCACCCUUUUCGAUGGCGUGGCAGAGAAAAUACAACUGUGCAUUCUGAUAUUGAUGUGCGGCAAAAACAUUGACGAAGGCUUUGGAUUGGCAUACGGCAUCAUGCAGGAAUACAAACUGGGGCCCAUGAAGGUGUUUGGCGCAACUGCCAAAUACUUAGCAAAGAAUCAACGUCUGGGCGAGGUGGAACGCCUGCUAGACUGUAUUGCUACCAAUAAUGGUGGCAGCACGUCGUCGGAUGCAGAUGAACUACUAUCGAUUGCUGUCAAUUCUGCAGUGAACAGCCAUGAAACGGAGAUAAAACAAGCGUUGGACAGGCUGGUAAAACGUAUUGGUAGUAUAGAGCUACGCAUAUCGUCGUUCAUUUUUAUUGGUCAACUAAAGUCUGCGUAUUUGCUGGCCAAUAAACAUGAGCGUCUGGCCGACAUUCGUAAAAUUCUAAGGCAGGCGGAGAUGACCAACCAAGUGCACAUUAAAAAACUGUGCGAAAAGAAACUGAACAUAAGUGCAACUCCAAUGUCGCCAACGCCACUGUGAUAACAUAUUCAAUCAGGCAAUAUAAAAAUUAUAUUUGUAGUAGCUUUAUUUUAAUAUCUUAAUUGUACAACAAUUGAUUUUAAAUCUUUCCAAAUGCCAAUGCGUUGGUCUAGUAUUUCUUACCUAUUGCUCAAAGACUUUCUUACAAAGUACCAAAUUAUACAUAUACAUACAUACAUAUAUAUAAAUAUUG